AUGGAUGAUAACGAACUUCUUCAUGAAUCAUUUGAUUAUCAUGAUUUUUUUGGUGAAAAUACAGAUGAUUAUCAUACAAUGACAUGUGCUGAAACAAUUAAUGUUUCAGCAAUAAAUAAUACAAAUGAAAAUAUUGGACAUUUAAAUAAUAAUAAUAAUGCUAAUAGUGGUACACCAAUUAAAAAUCGUCCAAACGGUAAUGUUUUAAUGGCAACAACAACUGAUGAAUAUUUUAGUUCAGGACUUAAUGUAACAAAUGGACAAGUUAUUAAAACUGAAGGAACUAUUCCAACAACAACACAAUAUUUUAAUGGAAAUGCAAAUCAAUUUAAUACCAAUCAACAACAAACAUUUACAUUUGAUAAUAUUGUGUAUAAUACAAUUGUACCGAAUCAACCAGUGUUUAAUAUUCAACAAAUUAAUUUACAAUCAAUUAACAAACCAGCAACAACACCAGCUAGUGCAUCACCACCACCACCACCAAGAGUUUAUAAACCUUGUGUAGUUUGUGGUGAUAAAAGUUCGGGAUAUCAUUAUGGUGUUUCAAGUUGUGAAGGUUGUAAAGGUUUUUUUCGACGCAGUGUACAAAAGAAUAUGACAUAUCAAUGUCAUAAAGAUCAAAAUUGUGAAAUAAAUAAAAUGACAAGAAAUCGUUGUCAAUAUUGUCGUUUUCAAAAAUGUUUUUCUGUUGGAAUGAGUAAAGAAGAAUUACGAUUAUCAAAUCAAGCAAAAAAAUUAUUAAAUGAAACAGAUCCAAAAACACCUAAUACUCGUAUUGAACGUACAAAUAAAAAACGACCAACAACAAUAAUGAAACGUUCAGUUGAUGAAAUACAUCAAAUACCAUCAACAGAAUAUUUACCUGUACUUGCACCGAAAUUACCACCAACACGUCUUGCUGUUGAAAAUAAUUCUGAUGAUGAAAAAUUAAUUAAAAUUUGUGUUAAUUUACAUAAAUCGACCUUUAAUUUUAAACCAUCUCAAGAAAUUGAUGAAAAACCGGAUAUACGUUGGCAAACUGCUGAUGAAUUUAGUCAAAAAGGUAUAAUGCAGUGUAUACAAUUUUGUAUGCAAAUGCCAGGAAAUAAUGAAUUAUCAAUACAAGAACGUGCACAUUUACUUAAGUUAGGUGCACAUGAAGUUGCAUUAUUACGUUUAGCUUAUCGUUAUGAACCUGAAGAAGAUAAAUUAUAUUUAUCAAAUGGUGCUUGUGUCGAUGAACAUACACUUAUGACACAAGGUUUUGGUUGUUAUGGACAUACAUUUUUACAAUUUUGUAGAAUAUUCAGUCGAUUAGAAUUAACAAUUGAAGAAUUUGUUCUACUUUGUUGUAUUGUAUUUUUCAGUUAUGAUCGAAUUGAAGGUCAAGCAACAAGAGUAAAAGUUGAAGAAUUACAAACACGUUAUUGUGAAAUUGAAAGAUUACACAUAGCAAGAAAUCGUAAUCAUGAUCAAAUGCAUUUUACAAAAUUACUUCUUUUAUUAUCAAAAUUGCGAGCUCUUGAUGCAUUAAUUGCCGAACGUCUUCUUUGUUUACAAAUGAAUACAGAUGGACAAGUACAAAAAUGUAUUUUUGAAGUUCUACAUCGUGAAGCAACAAAUGUUGUGGUGGAUAUGGAAAUAGAUUUUCUUGAUGCUGUUGAUACAAAACCGGAUUAUAGUUGGCUUGAUUAUUCACCUAGUGAACAACAAAUAACAACAACAACAACAACUGUUGUUUCAUUGCCGUCACAGCAAACAAUUGUUAAUAAUAAUUAA